AUGUUCCGAAAAUAUUUUUGUGAAACAUCCAACUAUGUCCGUAGAAAAUUGAUAAAAACCGAACAAAAACAACAGCAACAAAGAAAUUUAUUUCCUCAUCGAUCAAUAGCAGAGAUUGGUAUUGCAAUUGGAUUAUGGAGAAAAAUUGAUAAAAUGCAUCAACAAAUUGAUGAUGUUAAGAAAUCUCAUGAAAAGCACAAUCAUAAUAUUGUUAAACGUGGUAAACGUAUAGCUCUGUUACAAAAACGAAGAAGUUACGAAAAAAUGCAGUUCAAUAAACGGAAAUCAGAUCAAAUUAAAGUACAGAAUGAAUUAAAUGAAAAACUAAAAAUGAAUCGGGAAAAAUUUAAAUUUCUUGAAAAUGACCAAAAACAAUUAAAAAUCAAUAAACAAUUAACUGAAAAUUAUCUGAAUUAUAAACAAAAAUUAUUAGAUCAUGAAUUAUUGAUUCAAGAGAAAUAUCAACAUUUAAUAAAUUUACAAAAUCGCACAAAUCAAAUCAGUGAACAUGUGAAACAAUUACGUAAUCAAAAACUUGUAAAAAUCCCUAUCUCCAUGAAAUUAACUAAUUUAACAUUAGAUAAUUAA